AUGGAAUCCAAAAAAUUGUCAGUCUCAGUCUCAAUCUUCUGCUUCAUCUUGUUAGCACUAGCAAAUAGCUCCAAUGCAGGAAGCAUAGCAAUCUACUGGGGUCAGAAUGGCAACGAGGGCACAUUGGCUGAGGCUUGUGCCACUGGCAACUAUGAGUAUCUGAUUUUGGCCUUCUUGCCAACUUUUGGGAAUGGCCAAACCCCAGUUAUAAACCUAGCUGGUCACUGUGAUCCCUAUAGUAAUGGCUGCACUGGCUUGAGCUCUGACAUUAAAUCCUGUCAAGCCAAAGGCAUCAAGGUGUUGCUGUCAUUGGGAGGAGGUGCUGGUAGCUACUCACUUGCAUCCCCUCAAGAUGCAAAGCAUGUAGCCACUUACCUUUGGAAUAACUUCUUAGGAGGACAGUCUUCUGCUCGUCCACUGGGUCCAGCUGUUCUCGACGGCAUUGACUUCGACAUCGAAGGAGGAUCAAACCAGUACUGGGGUGAUCUUGCCAGGUACCUUAAAGGCUAUGGAAAUCAGGGGAGGAAAAAAGUUUACAUAACUGCAGCACCUCAAUGCCCAUUUCCUGAUGCUUGGAUAGGAAAUGCCCUCAAGACGGGUCUUUUUGAUUAUGUUUGGGUCCAGUUCUACAACAACCCUCCAUGCCAGUACAGUUCAGGAAUCACCAAUCUUGAUGAUGCAUGGAAGCAGUGGACAUCAGAUAUCCCAGCCAACAAGAUAUUCCUGGGGCUACCAGCUUCUCCUCAGGCUGCAGGCAGCGGCUUCAUUCCUGCAUCUGAUCUUACUUCCACUGUGCUGCCAAAGAUUAAGACUUCAGCAAAAUAUGGAGGCGUUAUGCUGUGGUCUAGGUAUUAUGAUGCCCAAAGCGGAUAUAGUAACUCUAUCAAAAGCCACGUCUAA